AUGGACUAUCGAUCCAUCCGCGGCAAAGACAUAUCGAGCUUGGAUCUGGCCUCGACCCACCGGCUGCCUACCGUUUCGGCGGCGCAGGCUCUGGAGCAUCUCGGCACCGAUCCUCGGCGCUUCAUCUCGACGAGUCUUGGCGCUCUCGAUCGAGCCCUCAACGAUGUUGUCAGCCGUGGAGAACACGCCUUAUCCAGUCCCGGUGGUUUUCAGAAGGGCCAAGUCGUAGAAAUCUGGGGUCCUCCAGGCUCUGGCAAGACCACGUUUGGGAUUCAACUCACGGCAAACGCCCUCCGUCGGGGCGAUAAGGUUGUGUGGGUAGGUUCGUGCUGCUUCAGCUGCCCCCCGUCCAGUAUCCGGCCGCGGAUCUGGAUAUGUUCCGUUUUACGUGUCACCAAGUCAUUGAUGCGGUUUACAGACGGGUUCCACCCGCUAUUCCCCAGCAGGCUGCGUGAGGUGAUCGAGGCUGCUCAGGAUUCGCCCGACGAGAUAGCUGCAUCGCUCUCGAUAACGGAGCAAACCGACAAUCUGCUCCAUUUUCGGACGCCCACUCUAGCCCAUCUCAUCGGGCUUCUAUGCAAGCCUGCUGCGACGACGAUCCCCAGCGGCACCUCGCUCGUCGUGGUUGAUACGCUGUCUAGCUUAGUGAAUUACGCCUUUCCCCGGAAUUUCGAACCGCGGCACGCUCAGAAAGGCCCAGGACCGUCGGCUAGGCGACUACAGGUCCUACAGUUCGUAAUCUCGACACUCCAGAAGCUCGCGGCCGCCAGAGAUCUUUGCGUCGUUAUCUUGUCGCAAUGCGUGACGAAGAUGCAACUCGACCACGGUGCCACGCUCACCCCUGCCAUUAAUGCAGGUUCUUGGGACCAAGGGAUCGCUACCCGAUUAGUUCUCUUUCGAGACUGGACGAUGGAAGGGGGUAAAGUCCACGAUUCUCACUUUGUUGGCAUCCAGAAACUGAGUGGUAAGGGAGGCAUCAGCCAAGUUUUCGCCUUCAAUAUUCAGGCGGUACGUCAAAAGGUCUGA